ACAAUAAUUUAUGAAUAGUGUUUUUGGUCUGUUUGGUGUUUAUCGUGGAAUAUGUUUAUUCUGUGGAAAAUAUUCAAAUUAUUCCAACAAAUAAUACUAAACAUAUUAUAAAUUUCUUAAAGAAGGCGAAUGCUUAUCAUUUGAAAGUGUUCUAAGAUUUGUUCUGUGAUUGUAAUAUGUUGACAUCACAGUGACGUAGAUUAAUUAUAUUUUGAUUUACAAAUAAUAAUUGGACACGAUAGAUUAUAUUCAGCUAUUUUCAAUAAGGUAAACAUAUUACUAAUAUUGCAUUAUCAGAUUUCUUGAAUGGAGGAGAGAUAAUAUUUUUCCAAAAGAACUUUACAAUCUGAAACGUACCAGUUGAGAACAUAAUAUCUUCCAUAUUUUUUAGUAUUGUGAAAUAUUUAUCUAAGAAAUGGCCCAACUCAGGUCAAUUUUUAUUGUAAUAUGUGUCACAGUAACUAUGUUGCAAACAUGUUACGCUCCUCCUGUAAAAGAAGGUGUUAAAGAAACUCCAGAAACUAAAAAUCAGGAUCCAGGUAUUGAAAACUAUAUGGAGUACCAUAGGUAUUUGUCCGAAGUAGUGCAAGCUUUAGAAUCAGAUCCAGAUUUUAAAGAAAAAAUACAGAAAGCACCUGAAGAAGAAAUACGGUCAGGCAAAAUUGCUGACCAAUUGGAAUUUGUUUCUCAUCAUGUUAGAACUAAAUUGGACGAAAUAAAACGAGUAGAAUUAGAAAGACUGAAAGAAUUAGUUGAGAAAAAGAGGAAACUACAGGGAAAUGAUGACACAGAAGACCCUACCCAUAAACAUAUAGAUCAUGCAAAUCCUCAGACAUUUGAAAUUGAAGAUUUGAAAAAGCUGAUUGCUAAGACUCAGGAAGAUUUAGCCGAGGCUGACAAAAUGAGAAGAGAGGAAUUCAAAGAAUAUGAGAUGAACAAAGAAUUUGAAAAACAAAAGAAGUUGAAUUCAACUAAUGGAGAAGAUAGGACUAAAUUAGAGAAAGAACUUAAGGAACAAGAGGAAAAGCAUAAAAAACACGAAAAAUUGCAUGAACCAGGACAUAAGGCCCAACUAGAAGAAGUAUGGCAAGAGCAGGAUCAAAUGCAGCAAGAAUUCGACCCCAAAACAUUUUUCCUACUUCAUGACAUGGAUUCUAAUGGACUUUGGGAUGAGAACGAAGUUAAGGCAUUGUUUUUGAAGGAAUUGGACAAAAUGUACCAGGCUGGUGCACCAGAAGACGACAUAAGAGAACGUAUGGAAGAAAUGGAAAGGAUGAGAGAACAAGUUUUCAGAGAGGUGGAUAGCAACAGGGAUGGUUUCAUAGAUUUCCAAGAAUUCAUAGCUCAAACCAAAAAACAAGAUUUCAAUGAGGACCAUGGCUGGAACGGACUCGACGAACAGAAACCUUACACAGAUGAAGAACUUCAAGAGUAUAUCUCCAGGCAUCAGAUGAACCAGCAACAGUUCCAACAACAUCCUCCUCCUGUUCAGUACCACCAAAAUGCACCCCCUCAGGCCCAAUUUCACCCAGGACAAGUGCCUCAGAGCCCUCCUCAACAAGUUCCGGAUCGUUUCCCGGAUUUGAACACAAACGAAAUCUACCCUCCUCACCCUAACGCAGUUCCUCAGAACAAUUUCAACAAGCAGCCUCAGUAUCAACAGCAGCCCAACGCGGUACCUGGUCAGCACCCGAAUCAGGUAUAUUCUCAACAAAAUCCCAAUCCUCAGGUUGUGUACCAGCAGCAGAACCAGCAUCCGAACAACAUCCAAUACCAACAGCAUCAAGCCAAUGUGCAGUACCAGCAACCUCCAGCCAAUCCUAACCAGCAAGCUCAAAACAAUGCUGCCAACUUCCAACAACCGCAAGGGAACUACCAGCAGAUGAACGCACAAGGUGUACCAACCAACCAGGUACCACAGCAUGGAGGGGUACAAAGCAAUCAAAUCCCUCAACAGAAUAUCCCACCCCCGAAUAACGCUCAACAACCACCGAUGGUUAAACAGGUCUGAGAAUCUGAAUUUAUUUCAUUUUAUUGAUUCAGAUUUCAAAGUGUCAAAUAUUUAGACAAAUUUGUUCUUGUUAUCGAGAGCUGUUAGAUGUGUUGAUUUGCGUCUUCUACUUCUAACGGAUUAAUAUUUUGAAGAAUUGUUAUUUUUAUAUUGGAAAUCGGUGUUUUUCAAGAUUUCCAGAAUUCCCUUUUGUGAUAACAUUUGAUUGAUUGUAUUUUGGAUCUGUUUUUGGAUAAUUGCAUUUAAAAUGUUUCCUCCUUUGAUAUUUUCAUUAUUGUUUGAAUAUUUGUAAUUUAUUUAUAUUGAAAUGGUUCAAUAAAUUUGUGAUACACA